AUGGUGGAUGUAUGGGACCGCAAGGCCGAGAGCGACGGCCAGAAGGCCACCACGACCCACAACUCUUCUUCACCAGCAACGACGGCCAACAACAAUGAGAAAACUCACAGCCUCACCAAGGCCCAGCUUGCGGCGGCAGCGCCCUCACAACUGCUUCAUGCCACCGCCGAUGACAAAGCGCCGAGCUAUGUGCACACGGCGGGCAUAGUGCUCUCGCAGCUGCUGCUGUGGCACCGGGCGCUCCUGCACUUCCAGCCCAGCAGCGGCGCUCUGCCCAUCCUCCUCUCUUCGCCCGCCUCCUCCUCCGGUGGCCACGCCCUCUUCGUUCGGGAAGAAGCCGAAGAGCUGGCGGAUCUCCUGUGGCAGAUCGGGUGCGGGCUGUUCUUCGUGUGGAGCGGGUGGAAGGCCGCCCACGCCUUCUCCUCCCUCGCGCCCACCACCGCCCUGCGACUCGACGCGCGCAACCCCAAACAGCGCAGUUGGGUGGACCUGCUGUGGAAGCUGGUGUUCAAGCCCCUGCGCAGGAGGGUGACCCUCUUUCUGCCGGCGUACAUGCUCACCGUCAGCCUCGUGCACCUGGUUAACACUGUUCCCGCCACCCGCUUCGUCUUGAUGUCACGUGGGCGCGCACUUCAAUUAUUUCCACAUUCAUGUCUGUUCGCAUCUCCUCCUCUUCUUCCCCUAUUCGCUCACCAUGUGGGUUGUACACUGUCCUCUCUUCUAUGCCAUCACCCAAGCUCAGGCUUCUGGCUGGACUCACGCCAGCCGCCCUACUCUUCUCUCUGCCUCUCGUGGCCUCGUCCUGGCACCUGGCCCAAUGCGUGCUGCUCGUCUACGGCCCGCUCCUCGUGUGCGUGGCUCUGCGCCCGGCGAUCAGGUCGCCCCGCGCCAAGUCCAUCACCUUGCUGCUGGCCGCGAUGCUCAUCUACGGCGGCCGCCUGGCUGUCGAGUCGACAGACCAUGCAGGACUCAAGCUCGCGCACUCCAGUCUCGUGGCAUUCGUCGGCUCGCUGGUGGCGCGACACUACCCAGCGUUCGUGGCCAACUCGGCCCUGUACGUGCUGGGCUUCCUCUGGGUCCACUACGCUGACGCUCCCUCAGUGGGCCACCCGCCGCCGGCCGAGCCCAAGGGCGAGUCCCAAUGGGUCCUCAUCCUGUUUGGCACCCUCUCCUUCCUGGUCGCCGCGUCUCUGUUGUCGUCGUCAUUUGAAGAGAGCGACGCAUUCGUCAGACUCUGCCGCGACUACUUCGUUCUGCUCGUGGCGCUGCUCAUCAAGUACUGCGGCGACCAACCUUUCGAAGGCCUCUCCGAGAGGCUCCUCCGCGACAGCAGCUUCCUGGUGUUCCUCCUUCAUCCCGUGUGCGCCAGCCUGGUGGCGGUGGCGCUCUCGGCCACGGCGACGUCGCUGCCGUUUCUGGUGA